GACAACUCGUCGGCAUCCGCAGCGCGCUCAACGUGCCGCGCAGCAACAACUACGUCAACGAGCAGAUCCGCGGCCUCGCCCGGAACAUUGACAAUGAACUAUCCCCCACACGCGCGACGAACGGCGGCAGCGUGCACGCGUCGCCCGCGCGUGAGUUGCGCGACACGCCCGACUACCAGUACGGCCGGUUCGACGCCAGCGCGCUGCACAUCGCGCAUGCGCUCAAGCAGACCGAGCUGCAGAAGGCGUACCAUCGCCCGAAGGAAAAACCCAUCGACUGCUAUUUGGAUCGAGAUGAACAGACGAAACUGGAGAUGAAACACCGCCAGGAGGAAGAUGACUUGUACAGAAAAUUCUCGAAACACCGCGAAGAAGAGAACAGAAGAAUACGAGAUGAAAUACAGGAUGAGUGGGAACGAGAGCUCGAGAGACUGACGAACAGGUUCCAACAAGAGAUGCAAGUCAAGAAGAGACGACCAGACUCCGAGAUCGGAGCUCUCACGCUGCGACACCAGCAGGAGAGAGCGGAUCUGGAGAAGAACAUGACGCUGAGAAGGGAUAAGAAGAAGGAAAGCUUGACUAGGAAAAUGUUGGAGCAUGAGAGGGCAGCGACAGCAGCGCUAGUCGAAAAGCAAAGCCACGAGAUGAUGGAGCUUAUCCAGGAACGCCGUUCAGAAUAUGCGGCGGGGUCGUCUCUAUUCGUGGACGGCGAAGAGGCGCCUCCUUACCCGGCGCGCGCGCCGCCGCCGCAGCCGCCGCUCGUCUCCAAAUUCCACAUCUACACGGACCCCGUGGAGUUCGCUGACGUCGAUAAGAUCGCUAUUUCGGUAGCGCAAGAAGACCAAAAAACCUUCACAGACCUAGUCCGGCAGCUGGUCGGCCGCUGCGCCACCGACGUGGAGAAGGCGCGGACGAUCUUCCGUUGGAUAACUGUGAAGAACCUAAACAACAUACAGUUUGACGACAACUUGAGGGGGGAUUCACCGCUCGGUCUGCUGCGGGGCAUCAAGCACGGGACUGAGAGUUACCAUGUGCUGUUUAAAAGAUUGUGCAGCUACGCCGGCCUCCACUGCGUAGUGAUCAAGGGCUACAGCAAAUCCGCAGGCUACCAGCCGGGCGUCCGGUUCGAAGACAACCGGUUCCGGAAUUCCUGGAACGCUGUAUUCGUGGCCGGAGCCUGGCGGUUCGUGCAGUGCAACUGGGGCGCCAGGCAUCUCGUCAAUGCCAAGGACGCGCCGAAGCCGGGCAAUAGGGGGAAGAGCGAUAGUUUGAGAUACGAGUACGACGACCACUACUUCCUAACGGACCCGCGCGAAUUCAUCUACGAGUUCUACCCCCUCCAGUCCGACUGGCAGCUGCUCAAGACGCCCAUAACGCUUCACGACUUCGAAGAGCUGCCGUUCGUGCGCUCGCUGUUUUUCCGCUACGGACUGUACUUUAGUGACCCCAACACUAAAGCUGUCAUGUACACAGACUCCACUGGUGCGGCGACUAUGCGUAUAGCCAUGCCGGCACACAUGCAGAGCUCGCUCAUCUUCCACUAUAAUCUCAAGUUCUACGACACGGAGGGCGACGGCUUCGACGGCGUCAGCCUCAAGAGAUUCGUCAUGCAGUCAGUGGUCGGCAACGUGGUAUCGUUCCGAGUGCACGCGCCGUGCUCCGGCGCCUUCCUGCUCGACAUAUUCGCGAACGCCGUCACGCCGAGAGAGUAUCUCACGGGCGAGCCUAUGAAAUUCAAGAGCGUCUGCAAAUUCAAGAUCUGCUGUGCAGAGUUGCAGACAGUGAUGGUCCCUCUACCAGACUGCGCCAGCGGCGAGUGGGGACCGACGAAAGCCACCAGACUCUUCGGCCUUGUACCCAUCACCCACCAGGAGGCGCUAGUGUUCGCUGGCCGCGAGCUAGAACUCCAGUUCCGCAUGUCGCGGCCGCUCGCCGACUUCAUGGCGACGCUGCACAAGAACGGCGUCGAAGAGAAGCGGCUCAGCAAGUACGUGCAGCAGAACGUGCAGGAGGACGUCGUGUCCUUCUACAUCACGUUCCCGGAGGAAGGUCAAUACGGCUUAGACAUCUACACACGCGAACGCGGCGGCCCCACGGCGAUACAUCAGAACGGCUCCGUUGAGAAAGAGAAACACCUCCUCACACAUUGCUGCAAAUACCUCAUCAACAGCAGUAAACGCAACUAGGCAAUAUCUACUUUAAACAAAUGGAGUAAAGUCCUCAUUCGAAAAGCACGUACUCGAAUUAGUUGAUAAUUCAAAGGAAUAAACCAAUAUAAACUUUAUAAUACGGGAGUAAGGUUGUGUUUUGGUUGUUGAUUAAAAUACGAAUUGAGCGUGAUGCCUAUUUGUUUAAAAUUAAAUGACACAAGCUAUUACAGACUCUAUUAUGGAGAGAGUAAAGUUCUAACUUGUUUGUUUUUAAACCGAAAUAAGAAAAAUCCAAUCGGUUAUAGUUAAAAAAAACACAUGCACAUGGGAUUGCAGUACCAUUUUAGGUUUUUUUGUAUAUCUAUCAAUACACGGUUAAAGCUGUAUGCUGUGUGACGAAUGCAAUAAAGUCAAUUUAUUGACAAUAGGGGGAAUACUGCAAUGUUCUGCCGCCAGACUGCAGCACUAAGCUAGCUAGUAAACCAUAGAGUAACUUAUACAUACUGUGCCUUAAACUGUUUUUUGAAAAGUUUUCACAGACAAUAAAAUAUGACAUUGAUGCAUCUAAGCGGUUUGUUAACAAGGGCCUACCUGGAAACGCGAAAAACGAAAUUUAGUUAUCUGCCUCUUUAUCGCUCAAAUAUUCAAGAGUGAUAGAGAGGUUAGAUAACGAAAUUUCGAUUUUCUUGUUUCGCGGUAGACCCUCAGAUUGUGGAUUGUCGUAGUGGCGCCCCCUACGCAGUUUCGCGUAAUAUUGCCUAUUUGACACUUCCAAAACAUUUAGAAGUAAAUAUUUUAAUAUGUUAACGUAAGCUACUAUAAUAAACCUAGUGUUUGUUGUGUGCUGGUCCUUUAAAUUGUUGUAAAGUAUAUUUGACAGAUUAAUGUAUGAUUGCUGGUAUAUUGCUUAUAUGUAAGUACGCGAAAAUUAUUUUAGUUGUGAGAAAAUUAAUGAUAAAAUAAUAAUAAAAAUAACGCAGAUGAGGAUGAGAAACGAGUAUGUUAAAUGAAAUCCAAGAUUUAUUGUCUUUUUUAUUUACUUUUAAUCUUUUAUAAAAAGUUAUACCCAAAUGUAGAUAAUUAUAAUUAGGAAUUAUCCGUCCAUGAAAUUUAUAAUAAUAUGAUAUUAUGCUAACAUUCUAUGUCAAAUGAAUUUUAUAUGAAUUUACACAUCAAUUUUAAGUAAUAGAGGUUGUGCUGAAGCAAUUUAAUUGCAUCAUUUUAUAUACAUUAUUUUGUAAGAAAAAAAUAUUUUGUAUAAAUUUAAGUACAGUAUUUUAAGAUUUCGAUAUAAAGUUAUUAUUAUAUCAUCACAUAUAAUCAUUCUGUAGACACGAACACCAGAUCCCUUACACAUAAUUGUUUUGUUUUAAUGUAAGUUGACACCACGAAAGCCAGUUGAGGGUAGAUUUUGUUUACUUUCAAACAUUACAUGAUCAAAUAAUGUAGGUUAAAGUCCGGUCGUUCAGUGUCAGAUCCAGGCGGUUUUGUAUUUGGUUGGUUAAUCAAUAAAUGUUAUAACUACCCGAAAAUGUACCAAUUAUUUGUUUACUUUUAUUUAAAUACCUAAAGAUACAGAGUAUAGUCAUAGUCCCAAACAUAUAUGUAUACUUUUUCAUCCUCACUUUAACAUUUUUAUGACCGUGGUGUCAACGUACUUUAAAACGACCACCGCAUACGCUUAACUCCGAACUCUGAAUAGAUUGCUUUAUUUUAUUACUAUCAUAUUUAAUUUUAAUUUCACUAAGCACAAUGAAAUGAAGCAAUGUAUUUAUCAUACAUAGAAUAUAAUAGAUACAACCAGUAUGAGAUAUUGUAACAUUAAAUAUUUACAUAUUUAAGAAAUGGCAAUAAUGUAAAUUUUAUAAAAUAUAUGGCAUGUUACUUUUCUAAA